AUGACCGAGUGUAACAGCACAACUAUCCCAAUUAUUGCUAACCUGAAGUUGACAAAUCAACAUGAUGAGAAAGGCGUGGAUGCUUCACUAUACAAACAGAUCGUUGGAUCUUUGAGAUAUAUCUGCAACAACAGAUCGAAUAUAAACUAUGGGGUUGAAUUACUGAGCAGGUUCAUGAAUGAACCUAGACAAUCUCAUAUGUCAGCAGCGAAACAUGUUCUAAGGUACCUAAAAGGAACAAUUGACUAUAGUAUUCUAUUUUCAAAAGUAGCGAGCAACUUGGAGAGUACUUUGGAAGUCUGGAGUGAUUUUGACUGGAGCAGAGAUCAGUUGACGGUGGACAACAAGUCCGCAAUCAGUCUGUCGAAGAACCCAGUGUUCCAUGAAGAACCCAGUGUUCCAUGGAAGGAGCAAGCAUAUCAGCACAAAGUUCCACUUUCUGAGAGAUUUAGUGAACCAAGGGAAAAUUGA